AUGCGCUCACAACUCAUGACAGAGGACGAUGAUUGCUUGAUUUCCACCUUGGAUACCAUUGAUUCUGAAGCAUUGAACACAUGCACAUCUGCCCUGGAUCGUUUAUUCCAGCUGCAGGACGAUUGUGUACAAAUGUGUUCUGAUAGUCUUUGGCCAGAAACUAGGGUUGAUGAAAGCUUGUUUCGAUCCUUAGAAGAAAUAAGAUCCGAGUUGCAAUAUUUCGCUGAUCACUGUCCAGAACUAACGGAGCGCCGGCUGGAGUUAUUGCAGGAGGAAAAUGUCCUACGUAUUCCCCAUUCUCAACAAGAAGAACUAGUUCGUGUCAUACAAAAUGUAGAUUCACAUCUAUUUGACAUGUCACCGUUGCAUGAACUCUUUCAAAUCCGUCGUGGGUUGCGAGAUGAUUUAGCACGCACGGUAACGAUACUUUCAAUUCUUUAUUCUCCAUUUGUCUUGUUUCUCUGUCAGAAGGAAGGACUUGAUUCUAUUUCUCAGUCGCUUCAAUGUUUCGAUGGUGCACUAGACAAAGUAAAUUCUGCUCGCAAACAUCUUGGCCUUGGCGACUUGCGGUAACUUCCACUGUUUAUCUAUUUAUUGUCUUCUGGGAUGUAGGGACGAGGACUCACCUGAAGCUGGUCAGUUACUGCGCAACUGAUUUCGACGGCAUUUUUUCAAAUGAAUAAAGCAUUUCCACUUGACAUGCAUUUUCGCGUUGUGACUUAUCCGCUCCGGACUGGGUUACCUACAGAUUGUUACGAAAUCACUCUGUCUAUUCUUUUCUGUUUUCCGUACUACAGACCGUCCGGGAAAUGUCCACCGAUUUUCAUUGACGCACCAUUAAUUUCCGCACAUUGCGCUCCCAGAGAAAACACCGAGGAAUUCUAACGGCAGUCCGGAUAUCCAAUCGGAUCUCACGUGAUGCACCGACGUAUACAAUCACGGCUCUAUCUACCACGCAUUCCACGGCGUUACACGUUUCUGCGCGACGAGACGCAGACU